CGCCGUCGCGGCCGUGACGCGGGCGGCGGCGGCGCAGGGCCGGCCCGGGAUGGCGAUGUUCCGCAGCCUGGUGGCCUCGGCUCAGCAGCGGCAGCCGGCGGCCGGGCCCGCGAGCGGCGACAGCGGCCUGGAGGCGCAGUACAGCUGCCCCAUCUGCCUGGAGGUCUACCACCGGCCCGUGGCCAUCGGCAGCUGCGGCCACACGUUCUGCGGGGAGUGCCUGCAGCCCUGCCUCCAUGUGCCAUCCCCGCUCUGCCCGCUCUGCCGCCUGCCCUUCGACCCCAAGAAGGUGGACAAGGCCUCCCACGUGGAGAAGCAGCUCUCGUCCUACAAGGCACCCUGCCGGGGCUGCAACAAGAAGGUGUCCUUGGCAAAGAUGAGGGUGCACGUCUCCUCCUGCGGGAAGGUCCAGGAGCAGAUGGCCAACUGCCCCAAGUUUGUCCCAGUGGUGCCCACUUCCCAGCCCAUGCCCAGCAACACCCCCAACAGGUCCACCUUCGCCUGCCCCUACUGCGGCGCCCGCAACCUGGGCCAGCAGGAGCUGGUGAAGCACUGUGUGGGCAGCCACCGCAGCGACCCCAGCCGCGUGGUCUGCCCCGUCUGCUCGGCGAUGCCCUGGGGCGACCCCAGCUACAAGAGUGCCAACUUCCUGCAGCACCUCCUCCACCGGCACAAGUUCUCCUACGACACCUUCGUGGACUACAGCAUCGACGAGGAAGCCGCCUUCCAGGCAGCCCUGGCCCUGUCUCUCUCUGAGAACUGAAGGUGGCAGCUGGCCGCGCCCCGGAGGGCAUUCGAGCCGCCAGCCGAGGAGAGCCAGGGGGGCCGCUGGACUGCACUGCGAGCAGGGCCCUCCGCUCCCUGGGCCUCGUGGGGCUGCCGUCCACCCUGGGCGAGCAGUGGCCUGUCCACAGCCUCGGUGUCCUCGGCACUGAGGGGGAGGCCGGGCCCCGGGCAGCCCCAGGCCCCACUGCUGAGCCGGGCGCUGGGAGGAGGGGCCCUGAGACCCUGGCCGGCCCGCCUGGUGUCCGGCCCACCCACCUCGUCCGUUUGGUACUGGCUUUUGUGAUACUUAGCAAUUCCGGCAUCUUUUCUAAUAUCCAGUGCGAUAACCUUUUCACAUUUUAUAGAACAAAAGAAAAGCAGUUACUCUUCAUAUUGCAGUACCUGUGUUUGACUAGGAAUAAUAGUAUUUUUCUGGAACAAUUACGAAGUUAUAUUUUUUAAAAAAACAAUCAAAAAUAGACAUUGUGUGGGAUCGGUGUUGGGGAGGGAAGAGAGACUUGGGGGAGCCAGGAGCACCCCGGGAGUGGAGGGGGCUCGCAUGCACACUGCCUGGGUGGCAGCUCGGCCUUUGGCCAUGAGCUGUGGUCUCCAGGAAGCCCAGGAAGCCCGGCCUCGGUCACCUUCCCACCAGAGCAGCCUCCAGAAACACCCGAGGGCUCUCCUUUGUUCCGUGGUAUAAAUUAUUGCCCUUUAAAAAAAGUUCAAGUAAAGUAUUUCAGAGCA